AUAGCUUCCCUGAGCGGUUUAGAAAAAAAGAAACAUAAGACCAGGAAUUAGAUAAUAAAAAGAUAAAAGCAAGAACAACAAAAACAGCAAGAUAGAACAAUGCUAGAAAAUCCAGCGCAGCCGGGGCUUCUCCUGCGCCCCGGAGCCGGAGACCAGCGGGAGGGCACCUGGACAAUAAAACAGAUUUGAAACAAACAGAAGACAAACGGCCAAGAAAGAGAAAGCGGGGGAAUGGGGCCCGCCCCGAAUUCGGGCUGGGCUCCAAGGAGGGAGGGAGUGUCGAUGAUCUCCGACUCCGAUCCCAGUCCGGCCCCGCCCCGCAGCCUGCCUGACUCACUUCCCUUAUGGUGCUGCUGCCUUCGCUACCCAGCCCAGCGCGCUCGGAAUAGCAGGUAACACCAUGGAUGAGUAUAAAGGCCUAACGGAUAAAGAACUAAUUGAGCGCCUGAAGAAUUACAGCAUCCCGCAUGGGCCCAUUGUUGGAUCAACCCGAAAACUUUAUGAAAAGAAAAUCUAUGAAUAUGAGACCGAGCGGACACAGCGCCCUUCUCCUGGAGGAUCCUUGUCCUACACAGAGCCGAGCAGAAUUGAGAGCUUCUCACGGGAGACUUUUGUGAGUCCUCGGAACAGGGAACACCUCAGCUAUGGACAAGAAGUUCUUGACUCUACAAGAACUUACUCCAGGGAAACUUAUGACUCCCCGAGAAAUGAGGAAUACUCCGAGUAUGGAAGUGAAGAUCCCAGCCUCAGCAAGUCCUACCUGAGUCAUAAUUAUGAUUUCCCUCGCCAUGAAGGACGAUCCACUUAUGCAACAGAAGAUUGGGACGCCAAUUCCUCUGAGGGUUCCACGUCUUCCUAUCGUCAUUAUUUGUCAUCAGCAAGCAGUACUGCACCUCUAGGGGCAGUGAGCGCUCGCCAGCCGAUCACAGAACCAUAUCCAUACAGUUCUGGCCAGAAAGAUGGGUCAGUCAAGAGGGACAGUGAUUCCUACCAGACCAUCUUCCAUCGGAAAUCACCUGGCUUGUCUUCUCUGGGGGUGGAGCCACGCCGUGCCAUCCGUCCUGAGCGCCAGACCCAAGCAGCGGAAGGAGCCACGGGCAGCGAUGGUGGAACCAAGCGUUUUCUACCACUGUGGCCCCAGCUCCUGCUCUUUGUGCUGUUGGCUGGCUUACUGGCCUUCGCCUACUUCUUCCUGCAGGGUGGUGCCGACGACAACCCCUUUCUGCACUAUCCGCACUAAGGCCUUAGCCUGGGCACAUCCUCUUGCUAGGCUAGCUCCCUGAGAGCCUGGAAGGUUUAUACAGGGCUUCCACUAAGUGCCUGCAUGUUUGUAACCCCAAAGUGGAGCGGGGGCAGGGAUGAAGGAGUUCCCACCAACCUCCCGGAAUCAUGGCAGCUCCCUGCCCCUCUCCCCAAACCUCAGUCCAUCCAUCCCAUAAAUCUGCUAAUAUGGGGCAUUUUAAUGUGCUAUUUUUGUAGCUUUUACUUUAUAACUGGGGCUGCAGGUGGCUUUUUCUCUAGAAGGGGAAGAGAAAGAAGGGACAGACAUAUGUAGCCCAUCAACAGCUUUUUUUGAAUAUACAAAUGUAUGAAAUCUAAUAAACUUCAAACGAUUUUUAAAAAAA